UUUGCUCAGCUUCAGUGUGUAGACUACUAAGUGGACCUCGCCUUACAGUGAUCUUCUUGUUCAGGACCCUUUUGGGCUUACUGAGUGAAACCAUUUCAGCAGUAGUUGGGACACCUAUUUUUUUUCUGCAUUGAACACAUGAAAGCAAUCAACAUGCGAAAUUUUGUGUCAGGCCCAACUCCCCACCAAUGUCGGUCUUGUACAAAAAUGCUGGCUUGGUUGAAAUAGACCUGUGUUACUGAAUUGAAAUGAGACAGGGUUUCAGAAAACUAAUAAUCAUGCCACAAAAAAAAAAGAAAAUCAUUGAUUACUACAUUUCCAGAAAAUCCAAUCAAAUUAAAAGAGAAACAGUUGUUUCCCACAAUAUUUGAAAUCACUUAAAUUAAAGGUUGGACUUCUGGAAAAACAACACAAAAAAUUCAGAGUGAGAUUAUGUCACUGCCAUAAAAAGAUUAAUUUUCUUUUAAAGCUUUUUGGCCUUCAUCAGGGGUGCCAAUGAUGCACUGUAGAUCCCUAGAUUUCUGACUAUUCCUCAUUUUGUCCAGCAGGGGACCGAGCAGGGGGAAAAAUGUGGGAGGAAAGAAUGAGUCCAGGCAGGGAACUGAGUCAGCAGCUGCUGCGGUGCCUCUCUUCUUCCGUGGAUCGACUUCAGCCCCGUUAAUAAAUGUUAACAUCUUUUUUUUGUUGUUGUACUGAAAACUGUGGUCGGGAGCGGCCCUAGUGUGGAGUAAGCGGCGCAUUUUGGGGGAAAUAAGAGGAAAUAGAAGAGGACCGUCUUGUUUCGCUGAGGCAUCGUUUCACCCAAGCCACCCAUGUCUCUCAGAGUUUCAGCCAUGAGUGUUUUUCCUCCGAUACGACGGGACCGAGUCAUUGCUCAGCUCCCUCGGGCUUUCAUAAAAGAGGCGGCUCUUAAUGUUACGGAAGAUUUCAACAACAAAGUGAGGACUGCCUGCCAGGAGCAGCGGACCGGCACCGUGGGAUUUAAAAUCUCCAAGGUCAUUGUGGUUGGUGAUCUGGCUGUGGGGAAAACCUGCCUGAUUAAUAGAUUUUGCAAGGAUGCCUUUGAUAAGAACUACAAGGCAACGAUUGGUGUUGAUUUUGAGAUGGAGCGCUUUGAGGUGCUCGGUGUCCCUUUCAGCCUGCAGCUGUGGGACACUGCGGGCCAAGAACGGUUCAAGUGCAUUGCUUCCACAUACUACAGAGGAGCUCAGGUUGUGAUAAUCGCCUUUGACGUAAAUGACAUUGCCUCUUUAAGCCAUACAAGGCAGUGGCUUGAGGACGCCUUAAGAGAGAACGACCCCACCAGUGUUCAGCUUUUCCUCGUUGGCACAAAAAAGGACCUGAGUUCUCCUGCUCAGUAUUCUCGGAUCGAACAGGAUGCCCUGAAAUUUGCAAAAGAGAUCCAUGCAGAGUAUUGGGCUGUUUCAUCGCUGACGGGGGAAAAUGUCAAAGAGUUUUUCUUUCGAGUCGCUGCUUUGGCCUUUGAGACAAACGUUCUCGCUGAGUUGGAGAAAAGUGGAUCAAGGCAGAUUGGAGAUGUUGUCAGAAUAAACAGCCCUUCAAGCAAUUUGUACACUACAACAAAGAAGAAGCAAGGAAACUGCUGUCAGUAAGGACAAGAUAAAGUUUUUAUUUUAUUUUUUUUUUAAAUCCAAAUGCACAGACACUGCAUGAGGCUUUUUCUCGGCAGUAGAUGAGCGUCAUGGCUGCCGUCCAGCUUAGUUGGGAGGAAUUUCUGUGGCCACAGAGGGAGGGGGGCAUUUCAUGGCAUGUUUACAGUCCAUUUUCUUUUCUUUUUUUUUUUUUUUUCCUGGCCAGAGAAGGUUUCCUCUAUGGGAAAAGUGAGGAUUUUUGUGGUGUUGCUCAGUUUUAUACCGUAUGUCUAGACUUUAAAACAGUAUGAUGUGAUGUGCCCCAGGAAUACCAAAGAGUUUUUAGACGCUUACUGUGCUUAAAGUUCUGGUUUUGCUGCUGUAGUGUGUUACACAAUCAAUUGUAUGGUACAUUUUUAACCCACGAAUAGACUUAAAGUUUUAACAUUUUUUAAAAAUCUAAUUCCUGCCCUCAACCCAUCUGUUCAUGGACUCUCACUUGAGAGAAAGGGAAACAGACGUGAGCAAAGUGGAGACUUGGCGAGGUGUUUUCAGAGUCAUCAGCUACAGCACCUUCUAGACUUAUUGGAAACUUGAUAAAAAUGUGUAAAUUGCUUUGAUAUGAAUGUGUCUUUUAAAGCAGUAGCAUCAUUUAUUAAUUAAAUUCCAGCUUUUACUUUAGUAGAUUUUUUUUUUUUUUACCAAAUCAUUGGUGGUAUAAUCCCUAGCACCCUUUACAAUAAGUUGAAUGAAACUGUCCAUCCAUACAUUAUCUACAACUGCUUGUCUUUGCAGGUUUGCAGGGAUGGGGGGUGGGCAGACGCCCAUCUUCAGCGAUUAUUGGGCGAGAGGCAGGGUAAACCUGGACAGGACUCAAAGAGAUACAAAACAACCAUGCGCGCACUCAUACCUAAUGACAAUUUAGAGUUACCAAUUAACCUUAGUCAUGUUUUCUGUGGCGCAGUGGGUAGCGCUGUUGCCUUUCAGCAAGAACACUGCAAAAACGGAUCUAAACAUAAGUAAAAUGUUCUCAAAAAUAGUGUGUUUGUCAUAGAUUUGAGCAGAUGAAUAAGAUUAUCUGCCAAUGGAAUGAGUAUUUUGAUCCCUAAAAUAAGAUAAUUAGAUACACUGCAUUUGA